UUUGUCGUAAUAUUCCGCUUAUUCCCACAACUGAUGCAUCAGUGGAUAAGAUGAAUGGUACGGCUGGGUCGGGGUAUUGUAGAAAGAGUGGUUCAGUGGUUAAGAUUUGUUUGAAUCUAUCGAAGCCUUCUUGUUGUUCGUGGAACCAUUGAAAUUCGUGUUUGGUUUUCUUUGUCUUAUUGGUGACUUUAUGAAUUGGGGCAGCAAUUUCUGCAAAACGUGGAAUAAAUUUCCUAUACCAAUUCAAUUUGCCAAUGAAUUCAUUCGCUUCUUUCAAGGUUUUCGGAGGUGGUAGUUCAGCAAUUGCGCGAAUUUUGUCGGAUGAAGGUUUUAUUUCAUCUUGUGUGAUGAGGUGGCUUAAAUAUUCUAUUUGCUGAACAGCGAUUUGACACUUGUCUCGGUUGAAAGUUGGCUUUCGUUAAAAGAGAUAAUACUUCACUUAGAUGACGUUUAUGGUCAGUGAAGUUCUUGGAAAAUAUUAAAAUAUCAUCAAGAUAGACAACGACAUAGUCCCAACGUCCAUUGCCGAUCAAAUUAUGUAGCACGCAUCCUACACCAGCAAUUAUCAAUAUUCCUCCACAAUCUGCUAUCAGAUCUGGUGAUCAUCCACCUAUAUAUUCAAAACAAUAUCCUGCUUCUGACACAGAUCAACAACUUAAAUUACAAGAGACACAAAAGCUAUUAGAACGCGGUCAACUUCUCCUUGGUCAUCACCUAUUGUACUGGUCAAGAAGAAAGACAAAACUAUGCGUUUUUGAAUUGAUUACCAUCGUCUGAAUGCUAUUACAACAAAAGAUGCAUUUCUUUACUUUAUACAAAAACGCUAUCAUCGGACAAAUUACUCACACACCACACAACGCUCGGAGUUUCUCAGUUAAUUUCCCUUCACAAGCAUUGCAACAACACAUAGCGUCUCUAAACUCCAUAUAUAGGUGGAUAAUCACCAGUUCUGAUAGCAGAUUGUGGAGGAAUAUUGAUAAUUGCUGGUGUAGGAUGUCCUACACCAGCAAUUAUCAAUAUUCCUCCACAAUCUGCUAUCAGAACUGGUGAUCAUCCACCUAUAUAUUCAAAACAAUAUCCUGCUUCUGACACAGAUCAACAACUUAAAUUACAAGAGACACAAAAGCUAUUAGAACGCGGUCAACUUCUCCUUGCUCGCCUUAAUGAAAUUUGUCGGGUAUUGAAGGAUGCUCGUUUUCGUCUCAAUCCAAAAAAAUGUGAAAUUGCUCGAACACAAACAGAUUAUCUUGGACGUCAUAUUCAAAAUGGUGAAAUUCAUCCAAGUCCGCAUAAUAUACAUGGCCUAUUAAAUACAAAAUUACCACAAACUGCAGCUGAAGCUUGUAAAUUCGUUAAAGCAGCUGAAUAUUAUAGAAAAUGUAUACCCAAUUUUUCCCACAUUGCUGAACCACUUAGAAAUUUUGUACCAACUACCCGAACUCAACAAUGA